GGAUGGAAGGGCCUCCACGUGAUGCGACAAGGCUACUAAAGACAUAAAGAAUCACUCCCGCAACAAGUUUCGUUCUUAUCUGGGCAGCUGCCCCGAUGUUGCAAAGGGGCAGAGGGAGGAGGACUUCCUUUCAACCCAGCCUCAGAAACAACUCUCUGCCGCCGCUCGACGACAUCGACAUGGGAUAUUAUGACAACGACCUCACUCUAACCGACCUGUUUGCAACCCGUCAACGACUCAGCAGGGGCUCUCGAGCGUCAGCCGUCGACAAGAAGGUUGACAUAGCCCGCAAGCACAAGAGGCUGGUCAAGAGCGUCGACAGCUACCUGUGCACCAUGCCUGAGGCCCCGUGCCUGUCUGAGAGGGAGAGGAGGCUAAGGGAUCUCCUGUGGACCAAAGAGGACGUCCCCGCGCUGCCUCGUCAUCUGGUGGUAGACGUCAAGCGGCUGACCGAUGAGGUGAACGGGAAGGACCAGCUUCGCUCCCUCACCGAGCGGAGCACCAACAGCCCCAACGCGAGGAAGAGAGACCCGUCUUCUUCUCCGCCUCCACCGCCAGUGGCCCUUCCCGCCCUCGCCACCAACGCUCCCCAAUCGCCGUCGAUCGAUUGGCCCUUGCCCCCACCUUCGGCUCUGCCGCCCCACGACCGCGCCAUCCUCAUGAAUAUCUCGCGUCACUUGAAGCUCAAAGUCAACGAAGACAAGAGAAACGAACGGCGCUCCCUGUGCGACAGAAUGCGCAUCGGCCUGUGGAUGGUGGCGUGCGCCUACAGCGUCAGGGGGUUCGAGGACGCCCUGACUUCAGGCUUCACACGCGCCACCCGUCGUCUGUCUGGCGGUUUCGUGCUGAUGGAUGGAGAGAUAGGGGCAUCGCCGGUAAGCCGCCGGGAUGUUCUCAUGCGGCGGCGGGCGGCGCGGCACUCCUGGGGGAUGGCGACGAGUGUGAUGAUGGCGUCCCGGCGGUUCGUGCGGAUGAAGCGGCCGAACCACUCGAUAGAGGUCGUCAAGUCGUUCGUCAAGCAGCUCACGUCACUCAAACACUGCAUCGAGGUACCUAAGAAUCAAGAGGCAUGAGUGAGUGCCUCAUCUUGUCUUGAUCCCACUCACCUGCUGCUCUGCUCUGGUCAGCUGCGCAAGAAGGUCCGCAAGAUGAUGCAUGCGAUAACCCAUUUCCAGAGGUCGGCCCGUGUGGGCCUGGCCCGCAUCCGUGCCGCCUACGCGGCGAUCGAGCGGCAGUGGCUGUGGGUAGAGGCGCUCGUCAUCGCCCGCACCAUCAAUGUGGCCGCCGACCGGCUGGCGGGCGACUACACCAAGUACGAGCAGGGCGGCAAGUCGUCCCUGAUGGACUUCAUUGAGCAGCACCGCAUCCCUGGCGCAUGGAGACACGCCAAGAUCAGGUGAGAGGCAGCAUGUGAACGAACGGCGUGGGGGAGGCAUGGACUUGGUGGACGCGACGUCUGGUCUGGUGUGUGAUUGUGUUGUGUUGUGUUGUGUUAUGUUGUGUGUCAGGUCGAUUUAUGUAGAGAACGCAAAUCUGUGGUACGAGCAGUACCAGCAGCACAAAAAGAGCCUCAAGAAAUAUGCCAAGGUGAGUGAGAGAGACUCGCGCCACGCCCGCAUGCGCCACUCCACUGCGAGCAUCAAUGUGGUCCCUCCCAUGUGCUGUCUGUGUCGCUUCUAUCAGGCGUGUCAGGAGUGGCGUCUGGAGGCCCUGACAUACGGCCUCUCCAACCGAAGCAAGUGGCCUUCGAUGCCAAGACCACCCCGACCACUCCCCGAAGGCCUCACACAGCAGGUCAGUCAGCAAGGGAAAGAAGCUCGUGGCACCCGCCCGCUGCAUCAUCGAAUCGAUGAACAAUCCUGUUACCUCCCCUCAGGUGUCUCCCGAGCGUCUGGAGGAGGCGAUCCUGAGCAGCACGCACCUUAAGAAGAAGCUGGAGACCACACUCAAGGCCGCCAGCAACGCCUUCCUCUCCACCGUCAAACCACCCAAACGGCCCCUCUGCUCCCCAGACCCCUCCUCACAGCUGGCCCCUCCCUCCCCCAGCAUGCUCACUUCAUUCGUGCGUGAGUCCCCACGCAGGCUCAGCCUCCGCAGCGCCACCAAGAAGCUGCUGCAGUCCGUCCACGAGCAGCAGAACACGCAGCAGGCCGCUGACGAGGCUGCAUCGAUAGCUGCACGGCUGGAGGUUCCGACGGGUGGUGAGCUGAGGCAGACGAGGACGAGCCUGCUGGGUGACUUAGCUAUGGUGGCGGCGGAGAAGGAGAGGGACGGUGGCGUGUCGGAGGGAGCGAAGGCCACGGCGUGGGGGAACGUCGUGUCGCUAGGAGACCCUGACUCGUGACAUGGGGGAGGGAUGGAGGGGGGCAGAGGGAAUCUGGUAGUCUAUGACGUGUGUAUGUGAUCCGAUGAAGGGCCCGGGGUGUUUUCGCUGCACUGACUCUGAGUCACUGUACUGUCUGUGCUGUGCUGUGCUGUGCUGUAGUGGUCUCGUUUAUGUACCGUCGAUGUCUGCGUGAACGGUGCAGCGUCGGCCUCCUUCAUUCGUAAUAUAUGGGACAGGACAGACAGACAGGGGGCUCUUCGUCCUUUAUCUGUGAUGCAUGCGUGCAUGCGGACUCACUGCUCUGGUCAUGAAUUCGACCCGCUCCA